AGGAAAUGGCUUCUUUCUCAAUGAUCCUCAUCACUAUCACCACUCUCUUCAUUCUCUCCUCUUUCUUGCCUCUUCUUUCAGCUGCAACCCAGCUAACCCCACGUCCAUUCAACAAGAUCUAUGCCUUUGGUGACUCCUUCACUGACACAGGUAACACCAGGUCCGCCUCUGGCCCCAAUGGCUUUGGACAUGUCUCCAACUCCCCAUAUGGCAUCACCUUCUUUCAUCACCCCACCAACAGGUACUCUGACGGGCGGUUGGUGAUAGAUUUUGUGGCAGAAGCUCUGUCCUUGCCCUUCCUGCCUCCUUAUCUCCAGACCAAGGGCAAUGCAUCUAAUUAUGGGAUGAACUUCGCUGUUGCUGGAUCUACUGCUAUAAACCACGAGUUCUUUGUUAAGAACAAUCUUAGUCUUGACAUCACUCCUCAGUCAAUACAAACUCAAUUGGCUUGGUUCAACGAGUACUUACAGAGUCAGGGGCAACAGCAGCAGGGCAGAGACUCCUUUGAUGAUACUUUGUUCUGGGUUGGGGAAAUUGGGGUCAAUGACUAUGCCUAUACUCUUGGAUCUAAUGUCUCCGGCGACAUCAUCCGGAAACUUGCCAUUAAUAGCUUCACCAAUUUUUUGGAGGCAUUGCUAAAAAAGGGUGCAAAGUACAUGGUUGUGGAGGGUCUACCCGCAACAGGGUGCUUGACACUAGCCAUGACUCUGGCUCCUGAAGACGACCGAGACAAUCUCGGCUGCGUCAAGAGCUCAAACAUCCAGAGCUACACUCACAACAUCGCCCUUCAGGCUGAGCUGACCCGUCUGAGGGAGCAGUACCCCCACGCUAUCAUCGUUUAUGCCGAUUACUACAACGCCUACCAAACGGUGGUGGAGAAUCCAGGCAAGUACGGAUUCAAGGAGAGAUUCAAGGCCUGCUGCGGAACAGGGGAUCCUCCCUACAACUUCAGUGUGUUUGCCACAUGCGGUACUCCUUCUGCCACCGCAUGCCGGAACCCUAGCGAGUAUAUCAAUUGGGACGGAGUUCAUCUAACGGAAGGGAUGUAUAAGUUGAUCACCGACAUGUUUCUGAACGGUGGCUUCAGUCGGCCUACGUUCAGUUCCCUGUUGGAAAGGUAAAAAACAUCGCAGUUCUAAUUACUCAAAAUCCACUGUUACAUGCGAUUUGCGAAAGUGGGAGAAUAGAAAGGUGAAGAAGUAAAUUUGUCCUAUGUAUUAUCCUAAGAUCAAAGAAAAAUUGAAAGAAUAAAAGUUUCAAAACUCA